UGUCGUGAGGAUCUGGGAGUUUGGGUGUGCGGAGGGAUGGCCCACGGGUUGUGGACUGACUGAUCCUUAACUCCCCGCCCUCACCAAACGACUCUGACCCAUUGAGGGCUGGUUUUGAGGACGCGGGGACCGAGGGAGGUCCCUGCUGCCUCCUGCCAACCUAAGCUGUGCCUCAUGGAGUCUGCAUUCAGCAGUCCCGCAGAGGCAGCGCUGCAGCGGGAAGCGGGGUCCGCUGGGCUGCUCACUCCUCUUGAGGACCUGGACCGAGUAUACGAACUGCAGCGAGUUGUGGGAUUUGUCCGCGACCUGGGGUGUCAACGGGUGGCCUUGCAGUUCCCUGACCAGCUAUUGGGAGAUGCUGGGGUUGUGGCUGCACGACUGGAGGAGUCCUCGGGGUCGAAGAUGUUCAUUCUGGGGGACACGGCCUAUGGCAGCUGCUGUGUGGAUGUGCUGGGUGCUGAGCAAGCUGGAGCUCAGGCCCUCGUACAUUUUGGCCCUGCCUGCUUAAGCCCCCCAGCCCGCCCGCUGCCGGUGGCCUUCGUCUUUGGUCAGCGUUCCGUGGCCUUGGAGCUCUGCGCCAAAGCCUUUGAGGCCCAGAACCCAGACCCGACAGCUCCGGUGGUGCUGCUGAGUGAGCCGGCCUGCGCCCACGCCCUGGAGGCAUUGGCCACUCUGCUGCGCCCACGGUACCUGGACCUGCUUGUCUCCAGCCCCGCUCUUCCCCUGCCGGACGGCUCCCUCAAUUCAGAGCCUGAACCCCUGGAGCGUUUUGGGCGUCGCUUCCCCUUGGCCCCAGGGAGGCGUCUGGAAGAGUAUGGUGCUUUCUAUGUGGGAGGCUCUGGGGCCAGCUGUGACCCUGACCUCGAUCCUGACCUGAGCCGGCUGCUCUUGGGUUGGACACCAGAACGACCCUUCUUCUCCUGCUGCCCAGACACUGGGAGGACUCGUGAUGAAGGUGCCCGGGCUGGGCGGCUAAGGGCACGCAGACGAUACCUGGUAGAGAGGGCCAGAGAUGCUCAUGUGGUGGGGCUGCUGGUGGGCACCCUGGGAGUGGCCCGACACCGGGAGGCACUGGCGCACUUGCGGAACCUGACACGGGCUGCCGGCAAGCGCAGCUAUGUGUUAGCUCUGGGGCGGCCCACACCUCCCAAGCUUGCUAACUUCCCUGAGGUGGAUGUCUUUGUGCUGUUGGCCUGUCCUCUUGGUGCCCUGGCUCCCCAUCCUCCUGGUGGUUUCUUCCGGCCUGUAUUGUCACCGUGUGAGUUGGAGGCUGCCUGCAACCCUGCCUGGCCAUCUCUGGGCCUGGCUCCCCACCUCACGCACUACGCUGACUUACUGCCAGGCUCUCCUUUCCACGUGCCUCUCCCACCACCUGAAUCGGAACUGUGGGACACACCAGAUGUGUCACUCAUUACUGGGGAGCUCCGACCCCCACCUGCCUGGAAGUCAUCAAAUGAUCCUGCAUGCUCCACCCUGACGCCGAGACCUCAGCUGGAGCUGGUUGAGAGCAGCCCGGCAGCCUCAUUUCUUUGUUCGCGGAGCUGGCAAGGGCUGCAGCCUCAACUGGGUCAGACACCAGUGACAGAAGCCGUGAGUGGAAGACGAGGCAUUGCCAUCGCCUAUGAGGAUGAGGGAAGCAGCUGAUACCAUGUGGGGCCAGAGGCACAGAUGGACUUAAGAACCACUGCUAACUGUUUCAGUCCUGGGCACUCAGGAGCUGCGGGCUGGGGUGCAAAUAUGGCCAAAUCUAGGAACCACACCAUGCCCAACCAGUCCUGAAAGUAGCAUGGAAAUGCCACCCAGAAACCCUGAUCACAAGGAUAUGAAUCUCUUAAGGGAGUAAGCCCCAGUUCCAGAUGAACACGCACUUUGCCAAGAAGCACAACAAGAAGGGCCUGAAGAUGGUGCAGGUCAACAGUGCCAAAGCCAGGAGCGCAUGUGCUGAGGCUGUUGAGGACCUUGUAAAGCCCAAGGAGGUCAAGCCUACAAGCCCCAAAAAUGAUAACCACACACUAAAUCCACUUGCCUAUAUCGCUCACUCCAAGCUUGGGAAACGUGCUCAUGCCUGCAUUGCCAAGGGUCUCAGGCUCUGCUGGCCAACAUCCAAGGCCAAGGCUCAAACCAAGCCUCAGGCUGUGGCUACAGCUACGGCUCAGGCUCCUAAAGGUCCCCAGGCCCCUACGGUAGCUCCAGUCACAGUAGAGGCCUCUAUCUGCCUAUGUGAGUAUGGAAAGGCUGGAGUGACCCCUGGGCUUCUGUCUACAUGGAGCUGGUAUCCUUCCAUGCUUUUGUACAAAUAAACCUGAGGCAGGAUCUGUCCAAAAAAAAAAAAAAAAAAUCACUGCUAAGACCUUUCAGUGUUCCCUGUAGCAACCUUUCCCUUCUACCAGGAUCCUUGAAAGAGCCUGGCUGUGGGGAGCACAGACAGCCCCUCACCGGGGAUAGGAUCCAGCUCUGUCUUGUCCUGGCUUAGUAAAUGUCUGUUGUUUGACUGACGGGGACUGAUUUGGGGCUUUCCUGAAGCCUCUAGGCUGUAGAUGGUCUAGACGAGGAUUUCGCAACCUUGGUACAACUGACAUUUGGGGCCAGAUAAAUCUUUGUUGUGAGGGGCUGUUCGUACAUUGUAGCAUGUUCAGCAUCAGCCCUGGUCUCCACCCACUAGAUGCUGGUGGCAUACCAACUGUGAUAACCAAAAAUGUCUCCUGACAUCGACAGAUGUGCCUUGUGGGGGCAAUACUGCCCCAAGCUGAGAAGCACCGGUCGACACUCGUGCCGUCCAGUAUACCAGCCACUAGAUACAGGUGGCUAAUAAAUGUAACUUCAUUAAGAUUAAAAACUCAUUUUCCCAA